AUGCCACAGACCUCUGGGGGCCGACUCAGGACGAAAACAGGAUGUCUGACCUGCCGGUCCCGCCGCAAGAAGUGUGACGAGAGAAUUCCCGUUUGCGAUCGUUGCUCGGCGUCGCAGCGAAAAUGCGAGUGGCCUGGUGCGCAUGAUUUGCUCGACAGGCGGCAUGUGGCUCGUCGGGGCAGCGCCUCCUCCGCAGGUAGUACCUCGUCCACACCCCGAAACUACUCAUCAGCACAGGCGACACUGGCAAUCGUCGUGCAAGCACCUCCGCUAUCGCUGCGGUCGGAAAGCGUCUCUAGCCAGAUCAUGCGCCGUGACGUCGAGCCUCUGGUGUCCGCCAACUUUUUCGACAACUACUUCGAUAUGGUCUUGCUGCCCGACUGCCAUCCUCAGUUCUAUCAUGGCUCUCUUGGCGAGAUCAAGGACCUCAUGACGAAGCACCCGUCUCUGUAUUUCGCCCUGCUAGCUUGCAGCGCCGCCCAGGUCCAUUCACUUUCUGGUACCUCCCAACUUCACGGACUAGCUCUUGAGUACUAUGAUCGCGGCAUCAAACACGUCUCCGAGCUUCUCGAUGUCGACAGCGUAGCCAACCACGACGGCCUCCUCAUUACCAUCAUCCUUCUCUACCUCCAUGGCUGCCUGGGCCGUGCCACCUUCGAUGAUGUGCCCCGCCAUCUCGACGCCGCCGUCGGUCUGCUCCGACUUCGCCUCUUCAACGGCAAAGGCGGCGUCCGUCAACCCCUCGACCGCCUCGCCAUUGAGAGCAGUCUCUACCAAAUCUUCCUCACAGCCGCUGGUUCCUGGGUUGAUCCGCCCUCCAGCAAUCCCCAACUCGAUACAUCUUUCUGGUCCAUCACACUAUCAGAACCGCCAUCAGCCGACUACGAUGCCAUCGCCACACUCAAAGACGAGCUGUCGUCAUGGGAAGCUCUCCUCCUCACCAACGGCGACCUCGAUGUCGCUGCUGCACAGAGCAAUCUCGGGCACUAUCAGCUCUACAAAGACUCGAUGUAUCUGUACAUUCUGAUCGCGUCCCUGUUGCUCGACCAAGCUAUCAACACUACAUCGGACGGCGAGUCUGUCCAAGUACCGAAAGCCAGCACCUCGUGGCAAGCGGUCCGCAUGCUCCGCAUUCUGGAGCAGCAUCAAAGCGAGAAUGCGUGGGCAAAGUUCUACGCGAGUAACUGGCCGCUGUACACAUGCGGCUUCUUCAUGGCAGGAGCGAGUGAUCAAGACAUAGUGAGGCAAGGGCUGAUGCUGAGGACGGAGGUAACGGGCUUCUCGCAGCCAGCGCGGUUUCUGGAGGAGCUGGAAAUAGUGUGGGACAGGCGGAACCGGCAGUGUGACGAGAUUGAGCCGGUGUAG